GCUGUUCUGCUCAUUGGUGAGUCUGCAGGACGAGAGCUCUCCACCGAGGAAUUCAACAGGAACUGCAGACGAAAAGGAUCUGGCUUCUUUCCCUAACACAGGAGGUGUAAAUCCUGCAGUCUGAGGCCUCACCUGGCCUCUCUUAUUGUCCCCCCUAUCAUCUUCUGUCUGAGCCCUGCACCUGUUCUGACUCGUCAGCCAGGUGAGGGGGAUCCUCUGGCGUUCUGCUAUUUUUUCAGCUGACCAUAGCUGCAGGGCAAUUAGGAACCCAGUCUAUUCAUUUGACUGGACUGCUGCUUUGCUCUGUAUCUCUCUCUCUCUCUCUCUCUCUGUCUCUCUCUAUAACCCACCUCCCUUCCCUCCCUGCCUAUCCCUACCCCCCUCCCACUCCAUCUCUGUCGAGCUCAGUCUGAGUCUGAUUGACACUGUGGCUGUGGGGACUUGUGGAGCCACAGACAUUUCCCUGCUGGAGUUAAAGUGUGGAUCACAUGGAAAGGACACAGGCGAGGAAAGGGUGAAAUAUAAAUCUUGUGGAGGAUUGAGGAACUGGGUUGAGCGUUGGACGGCUGAGAUAGAGAAACAAAAACUCCAAACCAAAGGAUUCUGCAGUUGGAAGAGCAGCAGGUAUGAAAAGCCAGACUGUGGUUGUGUCUGUGGCUCUGCUGGCCCUGUGCUGCCUGCUGAUACCCAGAGGAGGGGAGAGUGCUGGGGGGAUAGUUUCUCUCCGGCAGCCUGAAGGGGAGAAUCAGGCAGGGGAUCAGCUGCGAGACGAGUCCCUGGAUGACCCAGAAAGUGAACAAGGACUUGCAGAGGACCCACACCCACUGGGAAGCAGCAGCAAGGUCAAGAGAGACACAGAGGAGUCUGCGCAGGCAGGUAUUUCAGGCAGAGUGAGGAGAGCACCAGAGGAAGGAAAAAAGAAGAAGAAGGACAAGAAGAAGAACAAAGAGCCAAAGGACCCCAACGCCACCAAAAAGCCCAAAACUGACAAGAAGGGAAAGAAGAAGGACAGGCAGACAACAACCACAACUCUACCACCAACCACCACAGCGAUCCCGACUGAACCACCCACUGAACCUGAGCCAUACACCGACUACCCCUAUCCUGAUGUUGACAAUGAUUACUGGAAACCGGACGAUGACUACUGGGAGGUUGAUCCCACACCAUCCAGGCCUCAGCCUCAGCCUGAGACUGAGACCACAGAUCUUCCAUAUGAUGACUGGAAGCUAGAGGAGGAAGACCCAGCCGCUCCUGUAACAGAUGCCUACGAAGACUACUGGAAACCAGAUGAGAAAGAGCCGUCCACCGCAGCGCCAGAUGGCUACGACGACUAUUGGAAACCAGACGAGAAAGAACCAUAUCCUCCUGUGACUGAUAACUAUGAUACUUACUGGGAAGAGGUGGAACCAACGCCUCCUGCUCCUGAGGUUGAUGGGAAAGCUGGGACAGAUGACAAUGAUUACUGGGACGCCACAUUUGAGGUGCCAGAUAAUCUUCCAUUCCCUGAUGGUAAAGAGGUCAGCCCUGAAAUCAUAGUAGAAACUCUACCAGAGGAGCCAACAGCCACUUCUCCCUAUGAAGGGACGUGGUAUGAUGACUACGAUGAAUAUGGAAUGAGGAGAAAAGAAGACGAGACUGAUGAAAAAUGGAUAGAGAAAGAGAGAGAGAGAGCCAAAAAGGAGAGAGAGAGGGAAGAGAAAGAGAGAGCGCAGAAGCUGAAGGAGGCAGAGGAGCGGGCCAGGAACAGACCACGUGUCUUCAAAGAGCCAAAGAAGUGCCCUCCCCUGGGGAUGGAGUCCCACAGGAUCGAGUCAGACCAGCUUUCAGCCUCCUCUAUGUCUCAGUAUAGUUUUUCCCCUCAGAGGGCACGCCUCAACAUGCAGGGCUCUGACGAUGAGGAUGACAUGAGAGGUGGAGCAUGGUGUGCAAACUCAGAGGACAGAAUCCACUGGUUUGAGAUAGAUGCUCGCAGGGAGACAGAGUUCACCGGAGUCAUUACUCAGGGACGAGACUCCUUGAAUGAGGGCGACUUCGUGAUUUCCUACUUCCUGGCUUUCAGCAAUGACAGCAGAGAAUGGACCACCAUCCAUGACGGAUACGCUGACUGGUUGUUCUUCGGAAACAGUGAUAAGGACACUCCAGUGAUGAACCAGUUGGCAGAGCCUGUGCUGGCCCGCUACAUCCGGAUCAUCCCCCAGAGCUGGAACGGCUCUCUGUGUAUGAGGCUGGAGGUCCUAGGCUGCCCCCUGCCUGAUCCAGUUGACGUUCAGUACAGGCAAAAUGAAGUGACUCCAGUGGAUUACUUGGAGUUCAAACAUCACAGCUACUCAGAGAUGGUUGCACUUAUGAAGUCAGUGAAUGAGGAGUGUCCCAACAUCACCAGCAUCUACAGCCUGGGCCGCAGCUCCAAGGGACUGGAAAUCAUGGCCAUGGUCAUCUCUGGCAACCCGACAGAGCACGAAAUAGGUGAGCCGGAAUUUCGCUUCACGGCAGGUCUCCAUGGAAACGAGGCGGUGGGAAGGGAGAUGCUUCUGCUUCUUAUGCAGUACCUGUGCAAAGAGUACAAAGACAGAAACCCCAGAGCCCAGCAGUUGGUGGAGGGAAUACGCAUCCACCUGGUACCCUCGCUCAACCCUGAUGGACAUGAAGAAGCUUUUAAAGCCGGAUCAGAGCUGAGCAGCUGGACCACCGGACACUACACUGAGAACGGCUUUGACAUCUUCCAGAACUUCCCUGACCUGAACAGCAUCCUGUGGGAUGCUGAAGAUAAGGGCAUGGUGCCCAAACUCACCCCCAACCAUCACGUAGCCAUACCAGAGAACUUUGAGGCCAACAGCUCGAUUGCUGUGGAAACCAGGGCCAUAAUCUCCUGGAUGAAAAGCCAUCCAUUUGUGUUGGGUGCAAACUUCCAGGGCGGGGAGACAAUUGUGGCCUAUCCUUAUGACAGCUUGCGUCUCAACAAGCCUGACCAGAGCCAGAAACCCCACAGCCGCAAGAAGAGACAGUAUGAGGAAGAAGGUUUUGAUGUGACGGAGUGGGGAAGGGGCUACCAGGAGGAGCCAGAGGAAGACUGGAGAAGUAGGGGAUACUCGGAGCCGGAGGAAGACAGGAGGGGUCAAGGCUAUGAGCAUGGCUACGAGCACGGCUACGAGCACGGCUACGACCACGACCACGGCUACGACCAGAGUUACAACCAAGGUUACGGCCACAGAGAGGAAGAGGAGGACGACACAGGAAGAAGCGCCGGCUACCAGUACGCUGAGCCUGAGGAUGAGCCUCGGGUGAUUGCUGAUGAAUCCCUCUUCAGGUGGCUGGCUGUCUCCUACGCCUCCACACACCUGACCAUGACGCACAACUACCACGGCUCCUGCCACGGAGGCAACUCAGCAGGGGGGCAGGGCAUUGUCAACCGGGCCAAAUGGAAGCCAAUCACAGGCAGUAUGAAUGACUUCAGCUACCUGCACACCAACUGUUUUGAGCUGUCCAUAUUCCUGGGCUGUGAUAAGUUCCCUCAUCAGAGUGAGUUGGCGUAUGAGUGGGAGAAGAACAGAGAGGCGAUGCUCAUCUUCAUGGAGCAGGUGCAUCGUGGCAUCAGGGGCAUUGUGAAGGAUCAGCAGGGGAACCCCAUCGCAAACGCCACUGUGUCUGUAGAGGGGAUAAACCAUGACGUCACCACAGCUCCAACAGGAGACUACUGGAGGAUGCUGAACCCAGGGGAGUACCGUGUGACGGCUCGAGCCGAGGGCUUCUCCCCUGUGACAAAACUCUGUGUGGUGGGUUAUCAGUCAGGAGCGACCGCCUGCACCUUCAACCUUGCCAAGUCCAACUGGGACCGCAUUAAACAGAUCAUGGCCCUCCAUGGAAACAAGCCAAUUCGACUCAGCUACAGCAACAACAGAGUACAGUAUCCCUCAGUUGUUAAUGGCAACAGGCAUGUGGUUGACAGCAACAAUGGGUAUUCACAGAAUUCACGACUCAGCGCUGAGCGGCAGAGGAGGCUCAGGAUAGCUCGUCUCCGUCGCCUUCGGCAACAGAGAUUAAUGAGGCUAAGAUCGACAACGACAUUACCCCCAACGACAACAACAACAACAACCACCACCACCACAAUUCCCACAACACCAGAGACCACCACAUCCUGGUACGACUCGUGGCUCAUAAUGGAGGGACAGUCCUCGACACCUGGCGGGUUCACAGACUCCAUCCUGGAUUAUAACUAUGAGUACAAGAUCGAUGACUAUUAAACCAAACACACACACACACACACACACACAGUCUGUUUCUGUAAACAACCAUCCUCUCCUACUUGUAGUUCUCACUGCCUUGUUGUACUUGGAGCAGGUUGAUAAAAAAAAUGUUUAAAAAAAUCAAGAGGAGUCCUGUCUUUGUAUGACAUAUAAGCAAUGGGAAUGUACAGAAUAUUAACUCUAUUAAUUGUAUAAAGAUAGUGUAUCUAUUACUUAACACUUGAAUCAAUGCCUCUUCACAGAAACUGACCCCAUUAAUGAAAGGUAUCAUUUCAGUUUGACAGUUCACACUGUGUUUUUCUUGACUCAUCAGUCUGUCUUUUUUUUUCUUAUGAAAUGUUUAUUUUGGAUGCACAUUACAAAAAAAAAAUGUCAUGACAUUUUUUUUUAACUUCAGAGCUGAAUUAUUUACAGUCUUCAACCAUGGCAGAAAUAUUUUUUUUUAUAGUAUGAACAGUCGCUAAAAAGGUGUGUAAAGCAUUUAUUAACAGUUGGUAACAGAGUCAGAGGAGGGAAAGUGUCUUCUGUCACACAGCUGGGGUAGAAGAGUUAUUUUUCAAAUAAAGGCUUGUUAAUACAAAA